AGCGCAAGGCCUUUAAUCAAUGGGAAACAUGGUUGCUAUGGCAUCAAGGUAGAACUAUUGGCCUAUGGGGAAGGUUGUUCUUAAUACUGUGUCCGCCCCUUUUUUCUGUUCGGAGCGGAGGCGCUGUUUCUGCGGUACCAGCCUGCGGGAUGGCUUCCAGCUUCAAGAAAUCUACAUUAGGGGCGGUAGCCCAGAGGAAGAAGACAGGUCCUAAACUUGAACUAACUGAAGACCAGAAGCAGGAGAUCCGAGAGGCUUUUGAUCUGUUUGAUGCCGAUGGCACUGGGAACAUAGAUGUUAAGGAGCUAAAGGUGGCCAUGAGAGCACUAGGGUUUGAACCCAAAAAAGAAGAGAUCAAGAAAAUGAUAUCAGACAUUGAUAAGGAAGGAACAGGAAAGAUCCGCUUCCAUGACUUUCUGUUGGUGAUGACUCAGAAGAUGGCUGAAAAAGAUUCCAAAGAGGAGAUUCUAAAAGCCUUCAAACUGUUUGAUGAUGAUGAAACUGGAAAAAUCUCUUUCAAAAACCUUAAACGUGUGGCCAAGGAACUUGGGGAAAAUCUCACAGAUGAGGAGCUACAGGUGAAACUGCUGCAGAAUCACCAGUCUGCUACACUAGAGUGCCACAGAAUCCAGAAGUUUUGCAACAGAGUUCUGGUUUAGUUUGCCACACAGUACAUGGGGGCCUUGAAUAUGCUCUUUUUAAAGAGAUGGGUGUACUUUGUAGUAGAAAGAGCCUAAAAUAUAAGCCCUUGUAUUAGAGGCCUGGUAUGAGGCCUGAGCUGAAGUAAUGGGCAAGCUUUGCUGAAGCAAAGUUAAGCUGUGAGCAAACGUUAGACUUUGCCUGCUUGCAAAUUUACAGAAUUUGGCAAUAACAGGGCUAAUAUUGCAAAAAAACACACAUUUGUAAGAAGUGCUAGGCACAAAGUACUUACGCAGACUCAUUUUAGAAGAGUGGUAUCAGAGCAUUUCAGUAUGAAGGAUGGUAUAUAAAUAUUCCCCAAAGAUAACAGGGACACAUUGAUUCCCUCCUAAAAAUAAGGUCAGAAUAACAGUGUAGUGAAUAAAAAUUGUGUAAGGUGGUGGGUGGUAAUCAGCUACGUCAGAAGGUGUUAACUAACCAUGUCAGAGGGGCAAUACAUAUCUUGUUUAUACUAAUGUAGAAAAUAAAGUCUCAGAGGAAGUGUCUUUGGUCAGCCUAGGGGGCAGUGAAAAGUCCUGCCACUAACUAAGCUGCAUCCAUUGUCCUGGGCAUACAUGUCUUAGUAUCCUCAUAGAGUCUGC